AAAAAUAAAAAAAUAAUAAAAUAAAAAAAAAUAAUGUGUCGCUUCCUGGAUGACAGCUCAGGGCAGUACCGACAUAACUCUAACCCACCAGACUGCUAACAUGGCCGGUCAGGAAGAUCCCGUGCAAAGAGAGAUUCACCAAGACUGGGCGAACCGAGAGUACAUCGAAGUAAUUACAAGCAGCAUCAAAAAGAUCGCUGACUUCCUCAACUCGUUUGAUAUGUCAUGUCGCUCCCGUCUGGCAACACUCAACGAGAAGUUGACAGCGUUGGAGAGGAGGAUUGAAUAUAUAGAGGCCAGAGUGACGAAAGGAGAAACCUUGACCUAGAACUCCUAACUUAAAACUACUUCCCCUCUCUCCACCCUGAAGUUUUUGGACUAAAUGUGCUGGAACCGCCAUCCUUUUUUUUGGGAUCACGUGGACCAUUUUUAUAUUAUGUGGCUGAGUUUUGUGUUGUUUUAUCUCAUGACUCAUUCGUAUAGAAGAUAUGGAUCUGUUUUUGUAUCGGUGACACAAGCAUCCACGUUUAUUCUAAAAUAAAGCUCCAUAAGUAUUGUUUUGGAAAGAUAAUCUGGAGCAAGGUAAUACAAUUGUCAGCAGUAUGUAUACAGUGUCAGUACCAAAUCAGAGAGAGAAAAACUGGGAACAUAUUUGUGUGCCAAGUUGAACAAUUAAUGUGUAGUCAUCUUUAUGGAAGAUUUGCCUGUACAAAAGAAAAAUGUUU